CCCACCUGACCUGCAUGCUCCACGCGCGACCCGGACUCGACUUCACUUGGAGCCCCCCUCGUUCUCCCGCCCGGUUCCCAAGGAGACAAACCGGGGCCGCCAUGGACCUCCUGAACCACAGCUACCUGGACACGCGCCACCCGUACGACUACACCUUUAACUUCUGGAACGACUACCUCGGCCUGUCCACGCUGGUCACCAAGCCCGCCAAGCUCAGCAUGCCCGGGAACCCCAACUCCAUCACCCAGUCCCUGAAGGCGAGCCUGGGGCUGGACGACCCCCCGGGGCCGUGCCCGUGCGUCCUGACGGGGGGCUCGGACUGCUGCUGCCCGCCGGCCAGCCCCCCGCCAACCGCCGCCCUGCUGGACCUCACGGAGCGCUUUUCCCUCCCCGGUCCGUUCCAGAGCCCGUUCGGAGCCCCGCCGCCGGAAAGGGACGUGGCGGGCUUCGGCUUCGACCUGUUCGGCAUGGAGCGGCGGCUGCGGAAGCCCAUCUCCCGCGGCAAGCAGGAGCCCAAGAUUUGCGUGUUCUGCCGGAACAACGGCGCGCCGGAGGAGGUGUUCGGGUCCCACGUCCUGAAGACCGCGGAGGGCCGGGUUGUGUGCCCCAUCCUGCGAGCCUACACCUGCCCGCUGUGCAGCGCCAACGGGGACAACGCGCACACCAUCAAGUACUGCCCGCUGUCCCGGGACCAGCCCCCCCCGCGCGCCCUGAAGGGCGGCCGCGCGGUGGGCGGCAAGAGGAUGAAGGUCUUCUGAGGAGGACCGGGUCCGGGUCAAUCGGGUCCGGAUCUACCGGGUCCUGGUCCGGGUUCAGCUGCACUGAAGAGCGGUUCAGACGCUUGGAUUUCCGUGACUCCGAGUUCACAAACUGACCAUUUAUUUUGGUGUUUUUUUGUCUUUCCGAGAUCUCUUAUAUUUUUAUAGUUGCUUUAUUCACAUAGAAUAUUUUUGCUUUAUUUUUCUUUGUACAUCAGAUUUAUUUAGUCGUUAGUUUGUAGGCAUCUGAGAGCGCGUAUAAACGCCUGUAUACCCCCACCGUUUAACCGGAGGACCGGGGGUUCGGCUCCUAUGUGACCCGCGCGCCUCACGGGGUGAACGUCAGAUUCCUACCGAGUAUUUUUAUACGCUGAGCGAAGUUUACUCACUUCCGGUUAGUCUUAGAACACCAAAGUUACGUGUGCUGUUCCUCCGAGGGUCCGGUACACCUGUCUCUAUGACAUGUUCCCUGGGACCCUGUCCCUCUAGGACCUGAGACCCCCAGUCUCUCUAGGACCUGGG